AUUUGCAUGAACACAUUUUCAUCAGGGAAUUUAAUGCACUUGUGAAAUCUUAUAUGCCCCAUGUUUUCUAAUGGCAAGGCAAGCGUCCUCUGAGCUGCUCCGCCUCACUCGGUCUCUCAACACAGACUCCAGGCCAGCAGGAAGUUGCGUUCAGUGUGUCUCACUGUCCGUUGAGCGUCCGGACGAAGAGGCUCUUUCUCGUGAGCGAUGUCUUAAUUGACGGACGGUGAAUACACAUUUUCCCGUUUUAACGGGUGAAUGUAAUUAUUAAGGGGUGUUUAUAGCAUAACUAGUCGCCUUUACCAAGAGCGGAACUAUGGCAAACGUGAAAGUCGCCAUUCGAGUUCGCCCUCUCAACGCAAGGGAAGGUGUGGAUGGAGGGAGGCUAGCUGUGCAGGUGGAGGACAAGUUGGUUAGGAUAAAGAAUACUAAGCUGGAUGGACGUCAGGACGUCCAUGGAGACUCCAGGGAGAAGGUGCUGGAGUUUGGUUUUGACUACUGUUACUGGUCUGUGUCCCCAGAGGAACCACACUACGCCUCACAGGAGGAGGUGUUCCAGGACCUGGGAGUGUCGGUGCUGGCCGGGGCGUCAGAGGGCUACAACGUCUGUCUGUUUGCCUACGGGCAGACUGGCACCGGCAAGACCUACACCAUGAUGGGCACGCAGGACUCCAUGGGCCUGACCCCCAGGAUUUGUCAGGGCCUGUUCAGAUCUGACGCCACCUUCCCCGAAGGACAAAACUCCAGCAGGGUUGAGAUCAGCUUUCUGGAGGUCUAUAAUGAGCGUGUCCGUGACCUGCUGCGAGGCAGAGAGCGGAAGAAGACAGACUCCCUACGGGUUAGGGAGCACCCUGAGAAGGGACCCUACGUACAAGACCUGUCCCAGCACGUAGUGUCUGACUACAAGCAGGCGGUGGAGCUAUUGGAGGAGGGCAUCGCCAACCGCAUCACCGCGGCAACACACAUCCACGAUGCCAGCAGCAGAUCCCAUGCCAUCUUCACCAUCCAGUACACCCAGGCUAUUCUGGAGAAUAACCUUCCCUCAGAGAUCGUCAGCAAGAUCCACCUGGUAGACCUGGCUGGCAGCGAGAGAGCAGACCCCCACUACUGCAGAGACCGACUCACUGAGGGAUCCAACAUCAACAAAUCUCUGGUGACCCUGGGUAUCGUCAUCUCUGCUCUGGCCCAGAACUCCCAGAUGUCCAGUAGUUGUCAGAGCAUCAACAGCGUGGCCAGUGAGGGCGAUGCAGGCAGCACUGUGGGCAGCCAGACCAGCUCUCUGUCUGGGGGAGGAGGGGGAGGAGGAGGAGGGAGAAGACACUGCUUCAUCCCCUACAGGGACUCUGUCCUCACAUGGCUCCUCAAAGACAGCCUGGGAGGAAACUCCAAGACCAUCAUGAUCGCCACCGUGUCCCCGUCCUGCAGAAGCUACAACGAGACUCUCAGCACCCUGCGCUAUGCUGCUCACGCCAGGAACAUCGUCAACAAGCCACGCGUCAACGAGGAUGCCAGUGUGAGGUUGAUCAGAGAGCUACGUGAGGAGAUUGACAGGCUGAAGAGCAUGCUGCUCAGCUUCGAGAUGCAGCGGAAUCCCAGCCCUUCUCUGAGCGACGAGCGAGACGGCAGUCUGUCCGACAUGGUGUUACAGAACGAACUAAAGGUGGAUCAGCUGACGAAGGACUGGUCAGAGAGCUGGCGGGACAAGAAGGAGCUGUUGGAACAGUACAGUGUGGAUAUCAACAGAGACCGGGCUGGUUUUCUCAUACACUCCCUGUUACCACACCUUAUUACACUGGACCGGGAUGUACUCAGCACCGGGGUCACCUUCUAUCACCUCAGGGAGGGGGUGACCACGAUUGGACCUCAGGACAAACUGGUUGAACCACAAAUAGUCCUCCAGGGCGGCGCCACCUGUGAGAUAGAAAACCAGUCUGGGGUGGUCACCCUGAGGCCGCUGCCAGGGAGUGUCUGCAUGGUCAACGACAGGGAGGUGACAGAGCCCUGCAGACUGGCCCAAGGGUCAGUGAUCACGAUUGGAGGUGUUCACAAGUUCCGGUUCAACCACCCAGCAGAGGCUGCAGUCCUGAGGGAACGCAGACGGGCCAGUGAGGGUGCACUGAACUGCAGCUACAGUGACCUUCGAUCCUUAACCUCGGACCCCAGGCUUGGAGGAGAGGUGGUCCUGGGACAGACCGGGUACUGUGUGGCUGAAGGAGAGGAUCCAGCCAGCAAGCCGCAGUGUGUAGAGGUCCAGGUGAAGUACGUGGAGGAGCGAAGGGGGUACGUGGAGUGUUUACGCCAGGAGAUCCAGACUGAACAGAGACGGGCUGAGAGAGACCUGGAGAGCGAACAGGCCCGUCUGAGACAACAACACAUUGACAUCCAGCAGUGGAUUCUGCAGGAGAAGCAGCGUCUGGCAGCUAUAACGUUAGAGGAAAAAGGAACUCAGGAGUUUGGUGUACAGACUGAUCCUAUUCCAGCUCCCAUCCUAGACAGCCUGCUAACGGAAGGUUCGGAAGGUUCUGAGGAAGGGUGUGGUCAAACAGUGGCCCCUCCCUCUAAAGUUGUUCUAAACAGGAAGAAGGUUGUUCAGGAGGAGCUGUUACGACAUCACGCCUUGCGGCGCGCCGAGACCCGAUUUCAACGCAAAAGACUUCACUACCAGCUGGAGAGGAUCGCUCGCAAGCGCCAUCUACUAGAAGCUAAGAGGGAACUGCAGCGGCUGGAGAAGGCCCUGCCACCAGGUCUAGAGAGCCCUGCUUCCCCUGAACUAGUGUCCUCCUCAAGUUCCAGAGGACUUCAACCUGUCUUGCGCAGGCAUUCUUUCUCAUCGGACCUUCUGUCCCGAUUGUACCCCCAACACACCCCAAUCUUCAGCCACUUCCUGAAGAGAAACAAACCAUCUGAACUGACAUUUGGAUCCAUCAACUCAAGACAGUGGGUGUCUGACGAAUGUCUUCCACGCGAAAGGACGAGGAGUCGCUCCAACACAUUCUCCUCAGGAACAGGACCCAGUAGUCAGGAGCAGGGGUGGAGGGGCAGAACCAGUUCCUCUGAGAACCUUAAGCUGCCUGUGAAGGACGAGGAGGAGGCUCUAGCUCAGCCACCAUGUCGUGAAAGACCCGAGAGGAAACCACUGCUUCCAAAACGUGGGCUUGAAUUUACAUUCAAGAACAAUCCGAACCCAUCGCAAUCACAAAGUGGUGGGACUUUACAGUCAAGCAGUAAUGCCAUCGUGAAGGAACCAACAGUUACAGUAAGCAAAUCCAGCAGUCAGACUCAGAAGACUCAAUGUAAGGCAGUGAAGAGCCUUCCCCGUGGAGGUAGAAAGGGCUUGGAGACCAUCCGGAAGGUCUUAUCACACUCAGUCGGCCCUGGAAUAAAGACCGUGUUGGCUAGGGUGUUUAGAAAGCCACCAUCAGGACUGAUUAGAAGGACCAAGCCCACUGUUAAAACAGCUAGCCGAUUUCACUGGAAACAAAACCGAGGUGUAGAAGAAGCCAAUAUGAGCAGAAAGAAAUGCACGAUGAAAACAACUGUCUCGUGUGAGGAUCUUGAUCAGAAGACUCCUUCGCAUGAUUGUAGGCAGAGACAAAGACGGUGGCACAGUGCAGAGACUCUGAUAAACCAGACUAGCAUCCUAAGGUGGGUGCAGAGACCGCAGGGACUGGCAGGAUGGGAGGAGUAUGACAGUGAGGAAGAAGAGGAAAGGGAGGGUGACCACUCCUCAGACUGUGACAGCUUGUUCUCCAUGGACUCCCUGUCCUCGGCCUAUGCCACAGCUUUGGCAGAGCAGCUGAAGCAGGAGGAGGCUAUCCAGAGCGAAGCAGAGAGCGAAGACAGUCAGAUGUCAAAGGACUCACUCGCUAUGGAGAGCAGAGGGAAACAUGUUGUAUCUAGGCUGGCACAGAGAUGGACUGGGGAAGUACCCAGUCACUCUGUGGCGAGGGGUCUCAAUCCUUCGAUUGAAAAGACCAUGAGCAUGGCUUCAGAUAUUCAGCAAACUGGAGAGGGAAUCGAAGACAUUGGGAAACCAAAUGAAAUGCCUGCAGAGGUUCACUGGAGCCAUCAUGGCGGUCCUAAAACAGGAGUCAAUGAAGCAACCGGCACGACGAAGGAAUCACGGUACCAGAAGCAGUCAGCGAAAGAACCCAGGUGUAGAGACACUGUAUCAAAGUUGAGUGAGGAGCUUGGGCACGUCCACACCAUGUUGACCGGCAGUCCUCGCUCUCUAAGUAGCUGUAGUGUGAGGGAGCCAGAGAGUUUGCUAGCGCUUACAGACGCCUGGUCCUCCACUGAUGCAGCAGAUAGUCCCAGGAUACCCAGGGACUCUGCCGUGUUGAGGAGGAGGACGGUGUUUAGUCACGGUGCAUUGGACAGCAGCAGUUGUCCCAGCCCCGUCAGUGCCGAUCUAUCUGACUCUCUGAGUGUAUUUGGAUCCACUGAAUCCCAUAGCUCCGCAUCUACUGAUGGAACAGAGGGAGAAUAUGUCACAGUAGAGGAACAAAGACUUGGGGUUUCAGGGGGGACAACUGAUACUUUGAAUUUACAUAAUUCUCAGCUCCUCCAAACGGCAGCACCACAUAUAAUGAUACCAUUGAUUCAGGAGCCAGUAUGUUGCGAAGACUAUUUUAAAAGGCAGACAGUCAGUACAGAAGGUUUGCUGAAGGUGUCUAUUGAUGAUCCAGGCUUUUGCAACAAUGAAAAUGGAGAUGUCUCAUCAGAGAUUCCUUCGCAUAGAUCUGCAUUUUCUCCAACCAUUGACUAUAAGACUCAAUGCAUCCCGUCAACAUUGGAGGCUGCAAUGUUCCAUGGGCAUCAGAUGCAGCAGGAAACAUUACCUAAACCUGAAGUUGGCAUGUUGAACGAGACAUUGGACAUUGAAAGUGCCCCAAAGAAUCCUUCUGGAGAUAAUGACCUAUUCAAUGUAGAUGGAGACGUGGAAGAAGUCAGAGAGGAGGAGUUUUGUGAAGCUAGCAAUACCAAAGACACAUCAAUUAAAAGUGAGUUUAAAUUGCUGCAAAAUCUUGGAGCCAAAGUCACAGAGCAGAAUUGUUUGUCACCAGAGCAGGAGUCUUUCAAAGCAUCUUGUAAAAAUCCCAGAAAGAGGAACAAAGUCCUGCAGGACAGUUUCAUUGGCAGCUUGAAAAUUCCAAAGAGGAGCAAUGAAGGGGAUUUUUGUACAUUCUCCACUGUCAAGAACAGCCAGGAAGUUAUUUGGUCAGAUGACAAAAAUAACACUAGUGAAUUAAAAGACAAACAAACCUCAUUUGCAGUUGAUUCAUUUAAACUAAAUCUGGGCUGCAAUGAAGAUAACUUCCAACAAGAUACCUCAGCAAUGUCAGUGUCUGUGCACAUAUCCCAAGAACAUUUCUCCCCAUGUGACCAUAAAACCAUUGAAACAGAUGGCCAUAAAGGCACUCCUUUCGGAGAGAGUGCAGUUAUUAUAAAGACAAGAGAAGUAAAUCAAGGUGAAGAAAUAGAAGUUCAAAGGCAGGGUGAAAAGCUGAUCUCAGAUGGCAAGAGAAGAGAUGUAGAAAAUGGUAGAUGGGGACCUCACCAUGGGGACAGUAACUGUAGUCCAAUAGACCAGCGAAUCUCAGAGGUGGUAAAGGAGCAUAUGAGGAUGUCAGGUAUAGAUGGGGAUGGAGACAACAGUAACAGUGAACUAGAGAGUCAAAGUAGUCAAAGCCUUAAUGCCUUGCCAACCAGUAAUCCUAACAAAUGUGAUUCCCCAAAGGAUCUACAAAUAGUUAGUAAUCAUCAAGUAGCCGCCCCACUGAGGAGCAUUAAGCCUGUCUCUUGUUCGACAUCAGAAAAGUCUCUUAUCUGUUCUGAGAAGCUGAAGAUGGACAACAUGACAGACAUGGAAAAUCUAAGCCAUGAAAAAGUUCUUAGACACUCUACUUCCCUCAUAUUAAUUUCCAUGAAACAAUCAAGUUUCAUUACCAAAGACAAUGAUUCAGACGGUACGACAAAGAUCCCCUCCGAGUCCCAGUUAAGUCAGAGCAUUCGAAAGAAAGUAAGAGAGGUGCCACUGAAACAUGGAAUAACUGAUGUUGACAAGGGUCUGGAUGCUUCUGGCUGUGCUGUCAUAGCAGCAAAUGAUCAAGCAAGUGUAAAUUCUGGUGCUGCAUCUUUCAUUGUAAAAAGCCAUGAGAUCAAAUUAAGUCUGGCAUUGAACAACCAAGGGCAACCUGAAUACAUCAACAAACCUGUACUGCUACCAAUGGGACAUUCUUCAGGGUCUACUUUCACUACCACCAUACCCAAAGAAUGCUUAGUUUCUCAAGGGAAAAGGUUGGAAAGAGAUGUCCCUUUUCAACAUAUGGGCAACAUAAAGAAACAAACAGGUCCUGAGAAGUAUCAUCCUCAUCUUAACUGUCUUGGUAAUAAUGAUAAGCAAACUGUCAACCAGGCUGGUUCACCUCAGCAAACCCUGAAACCUAGUGCUCUACAACCUCUCCAGAACUGCCAAGGAACAAUGUCCUCAGUGACUACGCCACCAAAUAAGGCCUUUGCACAUUUAAGGGACAUCAUAAUGGAUUCAGAGGUUCAAGGCAAAAACAAGAACCAAUGCAAAUUGAUCUCCCCAACAGGUGCAGGUGGACAACUUGAUCUAAAGGAUCGUGAUCGGCAUGCAGCUGUAGAUUCACUCUCUAACAAAGGCAGACUUCAACGUACACCAGAAGACAUUGACAAGCACCACAACAGUCAAAUACGCUCAAAUAAUCCACAGUCUGUCGAUGCUAUAAAAACUCUGACUGUCAGUCUUCACUGUGACAUUUUAUGUGAAUCACAGAAGCUAGAGGAGAAAGAGGUCAGAAAAGAGUUCCAAAAAGACACCCCUUAUGCCACAAAUCUCAGUAAGGAACUACCACAGUCAAAGUGCUCAUCUGAAACUCAGGUAGACACAUUUCAUAACACUUGUGUAACCGUCGAUCCUGAUCCUAAAAAUAAACAUCCCAGUGUAAAACACAACAAAUGCCAUAUUGAAAAAUGGCUGAAGGCUCAGUGCAAUGUGAGAAACUUUGCCUCGGACAAUACCAAAGAUUGCCAAAUAGCAAACAAUGAACAGGGGUCAAUGACAGAAAAAACACGGACAAAGUCUCCUGUAUCCUCCUUUGACGUACCAAGUGAAAUGAAUAGUAAGGGAUCUUCUACAUCCCAAAUAACACAGGGAAGUAGUGAUGCUAAUAUGAAGAUAUUGGGGGACAUUUGCGGAGAUAUCAUGUCCAGAAAGGGAAAUAACAAAACAUCUAAUUUCAGGCAACCCCAUCAGUUCAGUGGUGGUACUGUUGUUCAUUGCAAAAAGGGAACGUCCAAGAGGUUCAGAAGGUCCAAAGUCCAGGCACCUCCUAGCUCAUCCUCUGACUCCACACUCAAGUCUUCCUCAGACGAAGAACAGAAAAUAAUUCCCAGGUUGCAUCGAAGCAGAUCUUCAUCAACAAGAAUGAAGCCUGAAUCUCAAACUCAUGGGAAAUUAGAGGUCAAUCAAUGCAAUGGUGCAGCAAUUCCUCCAGUGAAAAGACAAUCACCACAGUCAAAAGACAAUCACAAUAUGGAAGCUUGUACUGUCCCGACCCCGGCUGAAUAUGACGAUAAAGCUGGAGUUGGCAUCAGUUUGGGUAAGAAAGAACACAGCCUCAAUGGACAAUCAGCACAUACUCUUGCAAUGGAGAAAAGGACCAUUCGGGAGAAAAUCAUGGCUUCCAGUAUCAAAGAAAAUAAGAUGUCACACUACACACCAAAGCCUCAGGAUUCGCCAAUGCAUUUUGCCUCCAGUGACGUCAAUCCCUUUGUUCACCAAUGGCAAGAAGAAGAGCCAAACCAAAGGUGCUACAAGAACCAAGUGUUUGGAAGUGCUGCUGACAUAUCUUGCAAAUCCCCCAUGCUGGAUUCCACUGACAAACGCAUCACUAGAUGCUGCAGUGUCGACAACGGUUUAAACGUACAGAACUCUCCUUUCAACUCCCACCUGAGCACUUACGCCAACAACAAGGGACUCUCCAGCACCCUGAGCAGCAUGGAAGAAGAUUUAAAAGGUCAAACGUCCCCCAAAGCCCAUCUGAAAGGAUGUACUAACCAAGUCUCUAGUAUUGACGAUCACAAUCAACCACUGAUCCGGACCAUGAGUUGUAACUCUUCUUCUUGCCAUGAUGUAUCUGGAGAUCCUGGUAACAGCUCUGGCCAGGUAGAUGAGAUCAUGUUGGUCUACUCCUCAGAGCAGGAGUCUCAGUCUAAGGGGUUUCAGAGUCCUGAAACACACACCACAUGUGACCACAGCACCCAGACAACCAUGACUCAAGAAACCAUGACUAAGACAACAAUCAACCAUAGUGAUCUACAGAGGAGGAACAACCAUCACAGACUGAGCAGCACUCAGGUACCAGUGUUGCAGAAGAAUAAAGAGGCCAGUAGAAACACCACCACAUGGGCCAGCCUUCAAAACAUGUCUGAGCAUCUCUCUCAGCUGAUACACAACACUUCCGAUCUUCUGGGAAAUGUUCAGGGUAUGAGGUCUGGCGAUAGUCCGAUAAGAAAUGUUAAAUAUUCAUCUCAUCUGUACUCCUCCAGAGAUUGGACCAAGAGAGACUGCUCAACACAAACUGCAGUAGAUAUUGGGAUCCAGACUGAAAGGACUUCAACAACCAUUCAAGACAAAAUGUUUAUCAACCAAACUCUGUCCACGGAGAGGUCCAAAGCUCAUGAAGUUAAUGUGAUAGUCAAAGUGAUUGGCUCAGAAGUUCUUAAUGUGUCACAAGAGAAAGAGCUCCCCCUUCAACAUCAACUCAAGAACAGUCCAGAUGAUAGGAUUCAGAGCAUUCCUGACCUGCGACUCAAUGUCUCCACUGUUAACCAAAGAUAUAUCUUGGAACCAGAGAGUGUCCCUCACAAAGUGCCUUCUCUGGAGACUGUUGUCCAAUGUCACAGCCAUUCAAGUCCUGCCGUUCAUUGUAGAAGCAAUGAGGACUGCAAACCUGAGAGAGUGUCCUUCUCCAAAAGCUUGGGAGUCUCUGAAGUCUGCAAUAAUUUGUCAGAAAUACUCAGACCAGAAAGCCGUAACAUCUUGAGAAGGAGUGACCCAGGAAUAGGCUGUAUAAAACAAGCGAGCUCCACAGAUCGCGCAUGCUCACCCAUUCUCACUGUAAGUCCUAGGGCUGGUUCCAACCAGAGCAGUAGAACGUCUUUACAGAGUCUCAAAGAACAACAGAAGCUUGAGAUGCAAAAUAGAAGUAAAGAACACAUUUCGCCCCAAAAAGAGUGCCAGUCAACACCUUGUUUAAAUUUCAGCGAACAGAAAACAUGCGUAUCUUUCACAAAGAAUGAUAAGCUAUCAGGACAUGACUCCCUUCAUCUGUGUGAGAAGCCUUGUGAUAUGUCCACCACAAAAUCAACGGGAUCAUUAUCUCUCGAGAACGUGAGUGCCCUCAGCAAUUCAAGCCCAAAAGGGUCUGAUGAUGGACGCUCAGAAAGUCUUAGUUCGUCCAUUGAUAAAUACAUCCACAAUGAAACCAGAAUUGUCAGCCACGAAGAAGAAGGGGAAAUGAGCACAUGGCACAAAACCAGCCAAAGUCCAAGAUGUUCUCUUCCUUCUGUUCUAAGCAGUAAUGGAGUCACACUACUGAACCACACCUCUCUCACCUUCAGGCAUACGGAUGUGUCCAAAAAGGAGGAGAAAUCCAUCUCUUCUUUUGGAGAUCAACUAAGCCACAGGAGACAUUCAAUAGACUACCACCACUGUCGACCCUCAGAGGGCCCAGUAGAGUGCUUCAGUGGUGCUUAUGAUCAUUCCCCUCUCAGUGACAACACCGUCCAGGUUCAGGAGGAUGACAUGGUGUCAUUGGCCCCAAGUGAGUGCAACACAGACGUCCUUGUGAACAUCAACCCAGUCACCCACACUUCCAACUUCCAACACUCGCCACAGCAGCGAGAUUGCCAGUGUCUCCCUGAGGACCUACCGGUGCACAACAAGUUUACCAACUGGUCCGGUAUCAGCCAGCAUCCAUCUGACAGAGGACAGAUUAGUAGUUCAAUGAAACCAGCCAUAUAUCUACCCACUGGUCACAAAGCACAGAGGAACCAGCCAGAGUGGUCCAGUCUGAGUCCAGAGUUCACGUUCCAGAAGAUCAGGAAGACGAGGGAGAUAGAGAGGCUGCGUAAGGAGCGAGAGCAGGUCAUGGCUACAGUCCAACUGAACAUGAACCCUCAUCAGCUGACCGUGGAGCUGACCGAAGCAAAGCUACACUACGGUCUGGGAGAGACAGACAUGCUGUUGAAGAUCCUAACUUCUGGAGGAACCAAGGAGGAGGAACCAUCCGCUGUCCCUACUAAACAGCAGCUCUAUGAACGGCACCGGAGCAGCAUCGAGGGUUUGAGGCAGGAGAGGGACACUCGGCUUCAGAACUGUCGUCGGGCUCGCAGCCUCAGCCCCAGCAAACAUAACUACCCCCAUUCCCCUCCUCAAUCCCGAUCCCCUUCUCACCUCCGAUCCCCUCCUCAAAAAGCCAUAUCCUCCUCCAGGGUUUCAACCUUGCCUAGCCAACGCAGAGAGUGCCUCCAACAUCUCCGCCAAGAAGAAAUGGAGGGCAGUAGGAUCCCAGAUCCCCCCAGAGGAGAGGGUCAUUAUCCCUCUGAGAUCGAGCAGCUGCUGCGUGACUACGGCCGUGCCCGCGAGGAAGCCAGGACGGAAAUAGCGCAUGCACGGGAACGGCUCCGCGAGAGGACAGAGCAGGAGAAGAGACGUCUCCAGCAACAGGCUCUGUCUCAGGUGGUCAAGGAUGACUUGCGGUAUCGGACCAGAGUCAGCAGCAGUACAUUAUGCACUGGGUCGAGUCUGAGCCUAUCCUCUGGACCAACCUCUGGCUACAACAGUGGCAACACAGCUCAGCUGAGGGACGGCAGUAGACCCUCACUGACACAGGAGGUCACUGGGGUCCCGGAUAACGGUAUAAAUGGGCUGAAGGUCAGGUCUCGCCCUCCCAUCUGUGGUUCUCAGAGUGUGACGACCCAGCGUGCCUGGCUCUCUGCCCAAGAUGUACGGCUGGAGCCCGGUGUGUCAGGGUCUGACCCUCUGAUGUCAUCCUCACCGUCAUCUCCCACCAGCCUACGCCCGCGCACAGCCUCCUUCGGCUCUGCCUCCUCUUUAUCUACAGCCUAUCAGGACCUCACAUCCUGUCUGCUUGGCCGCGCUAUGGCUGAGGUGCGCUUGGCUGCUGCUGGUGACAUGGGGAACCUAGUAAGGGGGAAGGCUGCUGCUGGUUGGAGGUACCAGGGGCUAGAGCGAGGUGUCCAGGCCUUCUACAAGCCCUCCUCUAGUCCGUCAGUGCACUCCUUCCUGGGGGCGGUGGAGCUAGAGAGGCCCCUGGCCAGCCUGUGGAGCAUGGUCCGAGACCACUCCAAGACCCACCUGUACCACAAGGCUAUCCACUCAGCCCGGACACGGCCACUAGAUGACAGCACUCAGCUGGUGUACCUGUUGACAGACCCGUCCUGCUGCCACCUCAAACAGCCCAGAGACUUCUGCUGCAUCAGCACCCAGUCACGACAGGAUGACCUUUGUGUGCUGGCCGUGCAGUCAGUCUUCGAGGAGUCUCUCCCUCGGCCCAGUGUGGAGGCAAUCCGAGGGGAGAUGUUGCCUAGCGCCUGGGUCCUUCAGCCAAUCACACGCCACGGCCGAGAGGUUGUCAGGGUCAUCUACCUGCUGCAGGUCGACCUUGGCACUCCAUCCUUCCCACAGAGGCUGUUGGGAACAGUGGCUAGGAGACAGGCUGCAGUCCUGGCAGAGCUCGAUUCCCUUUUCUCUCUGUGAGACUGACAGCUGGCCAGGGUCGUGUUCAUUAGUCACCAAAUUGAAGAAAACUGACUGAAAAAGUGAGGGGCUAUUUGGACUUGUCCAAUAAGAAAUAAUCAUUUUUGUGUUAUGUUUCAAAACAUUUUGCUACGGUGGGCCUUAAUGAACAGGCCCCAGGUUAAAGGCCACAGAUGUAACAGUGAGCACUUAGACCUAUGUCCGGAAUCUGAUCUUCUCUCUUUCAAUUUGCACCUGAAUUUAUGUACUUGAUUUUAACCUUAUGAAGAGCACUGAUGACAUUGAUUUUGUGAUACGAAGUAUCAUGCAGCUUUUUUUAUGUACAUUUAUUUUUAUAAAAAUAUGUAUGUCAGUACAUAUUUGAGUAUUUUGUGUUUAAAAUCGUUAAUUGUAGAUCUGUGUUUAAUAUGUAUGCUUUUAGCAAUCUUAAUCGUAUCUUGCUAAAGUUUAAGUGGUGUGGACUGGGUGUCAGGGAGGAUUUGAGGGGCUGGCUCCUAGAUUUGGCCCAUCCAACAGAUCUUACUGCGUUACUGCAACUUCUGAUCAGAGAGACCCCAGGCUCCUGAAGGUUUACAAUUCCCCAAACGUUUCAUAAAAACACCGAUUUAUAUAUAACGCAAAAUGAUGUCUCCUAUUGCCCAUUCCUCUAUUUAAUCUAUCUGUACUGUGAGACUCAGUUGUACUACUUCCAUAAUUACUGAUUUAUGAUACAACAUGAUUUGCCUCCCAUUUCACAGGCCUCAGCCUCAGUCCUAACCACUAUAAAGACCACUUAAUGACAUGAUUCUUAUCCUCUGAAUCCUAUGGUAGCGUCCCAAGGCACAGCACACUUUACCCACUCACUACCAUUAAAGCUAGAAUCCUUAGUGUCCACAUCCAUUUUCAGACUUCCAAAUUAAUGAUUAUAUACCAAUUGAUUCUUGAAGAGUAUAACUUAGAAAUGCCCCAUGAGCUUAGUUCAACUGUCGUACCCCGACAAGAACCCAAAAUAGAAGCUUGUUUUACUCCAAUGUCUGUAAACCAUGUAGAUGUAGACAGACGGUGUGUAGCCUCAACCACGUGAUUAGAACUACAAUGUUGACAUCACGGAUGGUCAGUCCUUGCAUCCACAGCUCUGUCUGUGCAUUUUUAGAGUGGUUACAUUUCUCCAGGCCCGUCCCUCAUCUUUUUUAAAAUAUUUUUUUGAACCAAAAACAGAAGCAGGGUGAGCACUUUUAAAGGGUUAAGAAUUGUAGUCUAAAGGAAGAAAAAAAUAUGCAACCACUUAUUUGGUGUAGCUGUAAAGCUAACACUAAGUAACAUACUGUAAACUAUAGCCCCAAAACCAUAUAAGCUGAGUCUAUAGGUCCUUAUCUGUUUCUUAGUCAGAUUUGUAUGUACCAUACUACUUUGUUUCUACUGUCUCCCAAUGACAAUGUUAUUAGCCCUGCAUAUAUGCAAUACUGGUCAUUUCACAUAGAGUCAUGUAGUAAACCAUAUGCUUUGAGGAUAUAAUGAACAAUGGGUUUUUCUCUGAACGUUGAUUAACAAGACAGCACAAACAGAUCUCUGACCAUGCUAUAAUGGAAGGUGUUUCGCAAUGGUGUUGGUGAGAUAGAGAGAAGACAUAUUAGUCGGCCAAUAAUAGACCAAGCCUAUUCAUCUGUUAAUUAGUUGACGCUUCAGGCAAGUCAUGCACCGUUUUUGAGAUCCAACCUUUAAAAAGCCAUAUUAUGUGUUUUGUUGACGGUUCAGGACAUUAGUUUUGCUCUAGUUGUUGUACUGCACAGUGUCACAGGAAGAAGGUCCCCGGGGAAACCAAAAGAAGAAGGAACUGAUAUGAAAGAUCUAGUUUCCCCGGGGAUAGAACAAUGAAGUAGCUGACUGACAACCUUUUUGUACUGAGUUUUAUUUUUAUCCAUAUUUUUACAAGUGCCUAUUAUGUGACAUGAAUGUAUAACACCAUGUCAAUAUGUAUAAUUAUUUUUGUUUUAUUAUGUUGUUUAUUUUAAUAACUAUAUAUUCUAAUCCUAAAGAAAUGCAAAUGAGUGUGUGUUAUUUUCCUAUAUAAACUUGACAUAUUUUAAAAUGUGUACAUACCUGCUGCAGCUUGUCACUUGUUUAGCUGUGUAAAUAUGAGGUAUAUUCAUUGUAAAUUGCAGGGCUGUUGUCCAGUUCCUGACUAUAGCCCCUAGACUUAAACAUAUCCAUGAUGUACUAACUUAGCCUACUCAACAGUAUGUCCAUGUGUAUGCUGAUUGUUGCCGCCCUCCAAUUUAUUUGUAUGGUAUGCAAUGUUGGCCAUGAUCAACAAUGUUUUAAAUUUGACCACAAUCAAUGAAUCAUUACAUUAAAUAGUGGAGCGUCUACACUGUA